CCCUAGUUCCGCAUCCAUCUUUUCUCAUUUGUCGGUAAGAGCUUGUGUAUUUGAUUUCUUUGGUUCUCACUUCAUUUGAGAUGCUUAACUUCAUAUGUACCCCUCAACUGCUUGAUCGAGGGGCAUCUGGUGUUGGCAAAACGGGUCUUCUAGUGUGGAUGCUGGCUUUAGGGCGCUGGAGCGGCUGGGAGGCUACAUGAACCAUUUGCUGGCUCUGAUCUUCCACCAAGGAGUGCAUAAGCAGUUCUUGCAGCUUCAGCAGCUAGAAGACUAGAUAUCCUCAAACUUCGUAUCAUAAGUGGUCGGCAUCUUCUAUCACAAGUCUGAGAAGCUCCUCGAUCACUUCCCUCCACUCUCUGCUCAUGUACGUAUGUAGUAGCUAAUAGUCUAGUACAGUUGAAUUUUGGGUGUUGGUUUGUGAUAGGGAUUAUUCGGGUUUUGUUUUUAGAAAACGAAGGAAUUGAUUUGAGUUUGGAUAUGAGAGUUGGCGGUAGAGAGUGCAAAGGUAAGGAAAUGUUUGAUUGGAGUUUGCAUUUUAUUUAUUCUUGUUUAGGUGUGUUGCAUUGUACAGUUUGGAUGAAAUGUAUGAUUACCAGAGCUGAAUAUGUAGUUGUCUUUGAGGUAUUUGGAGGCUAAACGUGUUGAUGACUCUUUGUUGUUAGCAGCACCUAGACCAGGGCUAUUAUCCAGACAGGAGGAAGAAAGGCAAGGACUACAAAGAAGGAAUGUACAAGCUUCCAUUUUACUACCCGGACAGGUGCUUGAGAGCUUUGGAGCUGCUUGAGCACUGCUUGUAAGAGAAUGAGAAAACAGGGGAAGUCAGGAUGCACACCAACAAAAUUGAAAACCGAGAAAAAGCAUCGGCAACAGUUGACACGAGGGAACUAGCGGCAAGAAUCGAACUCUUUAUCUCCAUGGCAAGUCAUACAUUCUCCUAUUAGCGCCCGCUCAAGGAGUACAUCUUUUUCAUUGCUCCUUUACUGAUUUGUUGGCUACUGGGACUUAUACUACAAAUAUCUAUGCUUUUUUUCAUGUUUUCCCUAUA